CAAUUUUCACCUAACUAUAUAUUUUCACUCUCACAUUAUAAACCCUCAAAAAAAUCAAAAUAAACACAUUUUUUCUUUCCACAAAUAUGGCUUCUUUCUUCUGUUCAACCAAGUUCCUUCUACUCCUAUUUUUUCUAUCUGCAAUUCCAAUCGCCUUUAUCAUCCAUCUAGAAACUUCUUCUCCGACGACUCACGUUUACCAUUAUCACAGUACCGGCUGGUUACGCGAGUGUUCUAAAUGGGACGAUGCUAACCGCCGGUUCAUUGUCAGUUUCUUCGAAGGUGGUUUGGGUGUGAUUCCGGUUGAGGCCGAUUAUUCUCCCGGCGACGUACUACAGGAAAUGCCGGUAGUGAAAGACGCUGAUUUGACCGGUAAUGCGUCGCUCGGUUUUACUAUAGACCGGGAAAGGAACCGGGUUUUAGUCGCCGUCGCAGAUGUUUUGGGGAAUCGGUAUAGCGCUUUGGCUGCCUAUGAUUUGACAUUGUGGAACCGGGUUUUUCUCACCAAACUUAGCGGUCCAGGUGUGAUAGUGUUGGAGCACUUCAUUUGUCAAGCAAUGACUUUUCGCAGAGAGGAUGAAAAAGCAUUUGCGGAUGAUGUGGUGGUUGAUACAGAAGGGAAUGCAUAUAUAACAGAUGCAAAAGCAGACAAGAUAUGGAAGGUAGGCGCGAAUGGUGAACUUAAAUAUACAAUCAAGAACUCAAUAUUUACUCCUAAAGAGUGGUACAAUAAACUGGUUGGGCUAAACGGAAUAGUGUAUCAUCCAAACGGAUACUUACUGGUGGCUCAUACAUUCUCUGGCAAUUUGUUCAAGAUUGAAAUCGCCAAAGGUGAUGAAGUUAAACUAGUAAAGAUUGACUAUGGAUCGUUGAAAUUUGGCGAUGGCAUGGAGUUACUAUCUCCAACCAAGCUUGUUGUGGCUGGAAAUCCGACAAGACUAGUUGAGAGCUCUGAUGAUUGGGAGAGUGGCACUAUUGUGGGGAAGGCCAAAGGCGCUAUUCAUCGUUUAAGUACAGCAGCAACUGUGAAGGAAGGGACUGUUUAUCUUAAUCAUAUGAUUGGUUUGGGAUAUCCUAGGAAGAAACAUGUUCUUGUUGAAGCUGUUUUUUCUGCUUAAUUAUUGUUCCAUCCAUCCCUUUUCAUUUGUGUGUAAGAGUCAAUUUUAUACUUGAUUACCACACUACUAAUUUAUGUUCCUCACAUAAAGAACAGUUGUAUCGCAUCGUAUCGUAGGAUAUACAGUAUUUAUGUUGUUAUGCAUCAAGCAUUGCAGUAUUUGGAUGUGUUUUUGCUCUUUUACUAUCAAGGAAUGCAAGCAAAAAGUAUCCAACUACAACAA